CCCUCAUUCGCAGAGGACACGCACUCACACACGCAUAUCCUCUCACAAACACACUCACAGCUGUUGAUACUUCUCUCUCUGAUGAGCAGCAGGGCGGUCGAGGAGUGGAGUCCGUAGGAAUCGGGAGGGAAAAUUCGAUGUGUGUUGGCAGCUCUGGAGCAUCUGAAUGGAAAUUUUUUAUGGACAAGUGGAAAGACUUGUUUUCUGAUCGCUACCCGGCUCUCACUUUUAGUUGUUGGUUUCCCGCUUUUCCUCUUGGACUCGUCUCGCCCGGCUUCUCUGUUGGAAUUUGAGUGCAGACAGCAGCAGUGAACAACAGACAUGAGUUUUGCCUGUGACGCCUACUACUACUGCCUUUUCUCUCCCAUUCACUGACCAAGGAGGGAGUACAAGGUGAGAGUCAGAGCGGCAGCCACAGAGCAAACGAGCGAGGCGAAGCAGGCAUGAGUGCGGACAACCAUCAGGGGGUGGUGACCACUCCUCCCCCACCUACUGGAAGGACCAAGGAGCGCUAUUUUGACCGAGUCAACGUCAACGAUCCAGAGUACAUCAGGGCCAGAAACAUGUCGCCUGAUCUCCGGCAAGACUUCAACGUUCUGGAGCAGAAGAAACGCGUCACACAGAUACUACAGAGUCCCGCUUUCAAGGAGGAGUUGGAGAGUCUGAUUCAGGAGCAGCAGCGAAAAGGGAACAACCCAACUGGACUGCUGGCCCUUAGGCAGAUCGCAGACUUCUUCAUGGCCAGCUCAGUGGCUGGGUUCAACACUUCCCCUCUCAGUCUGGGGAUGGUCACUCCCAUUAAUGACUUGUACGGCGUGGAAUCUGCCACGAUGGUGAAAGGCGAGAAGCUGACACGCUGUAAACUGGCCAGCCUCUACAGACUGGUGGAUCUGUUCAGCUGGGCACACUUUUCCAACUCCUACAUCACAGGCCGAGUCAGUAAAGAACAAGACCACAUACUCAUCAUCCCCAGAGGUUUAUCAUUUGCUGAGGCUUCUGCAUCAAACCUGGUGAAGGUGAACAUCAUCGGGGAUGUGAUCGAACAGGGCUCCACCAACCUAAAGGUCGACCCAGCGGGUUUCAGCCCCCAUGCUGCAAUCUACUCAAUGCGUCCGGACAUCCGCUGCAUCAUACAUGUGCACACUCCUGCCACUGCAGCUGUCUCAUCUAUGAAAUGCGGCAUAUUACCCAUUUCCCAGGAGGCUCUGAUCUUGGGUGAUAUCGCCUACUAUAACUAUCAAGGCAGCCUGGAUGACCAGGAGGAGCGUAUAGAGCUGCAGAAGGCAUUGGGGCCAACAGCAAAGGUUUUGGUGUUGAGAAAUCAUGGCGUGGUUGCUCUUGGGGAGACCAUCGAAGAGGCCUUUCACUACAUCUAUAAUGCCCAUUAUGCAUGUGAAAUCCAGGUGAAUGCCAUUUCAUGUGCUGGAGGGGUGGACAACCUCAUAGUCCUUGACCAGGAGAAAUAUAAAUCAAGAGUAUUCGCUGUGGCCACGGCAGCGGCCGUCAACAUGGCUGGUCAAUACAAGUGGAAGAUCGGAGAGCUGGAGUUUGAGUCUCUGAUGAGGAUGCUGGAUAACCUGGGUUACAGGACAGGCUAUGCCUACAGACACCCUAUCGUGCGGGAGAAGCCAAGGCACAAGAGCGAAGUGGAGAUUCCCGCUACUGUCACAGCGUUCAUGUUUGAGGAGGACGGUGACGCCACACGGCUGCCCUUCAAGUUCCUGCAGCAGCGGCAGCAGAGGGAGAAGACGCGCUGGCUCAACUCACCCAACAGCUACACCAAGGUCAGCGUGGAGGGUGGAGAGGAGCGCUACAACAGCCGGGCAACCACGUGGAUGAAGGCAGAUGAAACAGGAACUCCAAUCCGGAUCGAAGACCCUAACCAGUUUGUUCCUCUAAACACAGACCCCAGUGAGGUGCUGCAGAAGAGGAACAAAAUCAGGGAGCAGAACCGGUUUGAUGUGAUGACAUCAGGGCCACGCUCACAGCACCUUGCAGGCAUCCCUGUUGAUGAACCACGACGGCCAUACGUGCCCACAGAGGAGGAGCAGAUGGCGCCCCUUCCUCCCAACCCGUUCAGUGAGCUGUCGGAGAAGUACCUGGAGGAGUAUCGCAAGAACGUGGAGAGAAGGCAACUGGGCCUCAGUGAAAACCACACAGGCCUGAUGAAUGGCAAGGACAACCACGACGAGGAGCUGUCAAAGCGCGUCAGUCAGCUGACCACCAGCGUGGAGAGCGUGGAGAUCACCGUUCGCCCGGGAGAGAAGAUUGAGGAGACGCUGUCCCUCGAGAGCUCCCCUUCCAAGUCACCCAGCACCAAGAAGAAGAAGAAGUUCCGCACCCCGUCCUUCCUGAAGAAAAACAAAAAGAAAGAUAAGACGGAGGCCUGAGAGGAGCAGCAGCAGCAGCGGGGGCCGAGGGAGGCAGGAAAAAGCACCUGCUUGAAGAAGAAAGAGGGGUCGAGGGGAUGCCCCCCCACACCCUCCCUUUCUGUGUAAUGUCUUUGUUAUUGUUUUGUCUGUGUUGCUAAUGUCUUUUUAUGUCUCGUUUUCAGUUUUAUUUUAUUUUUUUUAAUAAGAGGUUUUAUGUGCAAAAGGCAGAAUGAUUUAACAGAUAAAACAAAAAAAAUCUAUUGGUUUGUUUAAAAAAAAAAAAAAGAAAAAGAAGAAAAAAGGUUUUUCUUUUUGCAAAGAGACGUGAACGUUUGAGAAAAUUUUUAAGGGGUCGGUGUGUGGGUCCACCGAUUUAAAAACUGGAGCAGAUGAGGGGUGACGAAGACAGACGUCGGUCACUCAUGCAGUACUCUAACAGGGCUCCUUUGGAGUGUCAUUUAAGGCCAUUUAGAUCCUGAAUAACUGGCUCCUCCUCCUCCUCGGUUUUAUUUUUACUUUUCUUUUUCUUUCUCAGGUGGAAAACUUAAAUUGGAGCCUGUUUGUUUAUUCCUUGCUUCACAAUCCAAUUCUCUGAAAGGACUGGAUUGCUGCGUGAGCGUUUGAAAACUGCACAACUUAAUAUUUCUAGGAUUUUUUUUUGUGUGUGUGUGUGUGUGAGUGUGUGCGUUUUGUUGUGUUUUCCCUAAAUCUGCAUAGGGAGCUGAGAGGCCACAUAAAAUUUCAAGUCACACUGGAGAACUGGUCUUGAGGGGGAACAACAUCCAGAGGGUUUUGUGAUUUAUUUAGAGUGAGAGAAGUUUUCUCUCCAUCUGGCUCUCUCACAUUGUUCAAAGCUACUUUAGUGCCGGCUUCUGAAACAGGCUUUCUUUUCAUCAGCUACAGACGUUUGGGUGGGGGGGGGGGGGGUAGACAAGGAGAUGGUGAGGAUGAAGGUUGGCAGUCUGUCACAACAACUAUCUUAUUUAUGUAGCAUUUUUAUAUCUCACCCUCUUCAUCUCAGUGUUUUUUUUGUCUGCCAAAUUUACUGGAAGUAAAGGCAACUGUACAUUGCUGUAUGUUUCUAGUUAGUCAUCUCAUGAAUUUUAAAUCAAAUUCAGUACUAGUCAGCCCUGUUUUUUUACUCAUUUUUAAGAUUUUCCAGAGAAUUCAAAUGUUACGCAUGUUUUCUCUUUUAGUGAGAGCUGAAAUUAAUUUGGUUAUGUUUUGUAGUGAUGCCUGAUAGCUCAACUUGUAUCCUAAUCCUCAGAGCACAAAGUUACUAUAUAAUACAAAUAUAUGAAAACUGGAUUUGUUGGCUUUAGAUGUUUUUUUUUUUAACUAUAUAUUUUCUAAUUUUGUCAUGCAGCACUUUUCUUGUGGUAUAUUACACAUUGUUUUGUCGCAGGUGAUUUCACCAGUGAAGGAGAUUGUGAGGUAUUGGGUAGAAGAUGUGCAAGUAGCAAAGUAAGGCAAGGUGUUUAAAGAAGGUUAGGACCAAGAAAGUGAGUCAAACAAAUGGAAGAGAGAUAAUCUCAUUGGUGUCGCAUGCGAAAAAUAGUUUUGUAUUUCUCAGUAAGUUUUUAUUUUUCUUAAAGGCUACAUCAGACGAUCAGCAGUCGCCAGCUAAAUUGAGAAUCAUUGGUAGUGGAAAGUGGAGUUGGAACAUCUGUUGUGUGUGUGUGUGUGUGUUAUUUCCCCCCCUUUUUUUAAGCCAUAUUGUAAUUUUCUUGCAUCGCUUUAUAAGACAAAGGCUGCAAUUCUCAUUUGCCUGCUAAGGCGUCAUCAUCCCAGUCAAGACUGCUGUUAAAUCACCCCAUUGACUGCAUCAGCACCCCUCAGGCUCCAAAAUCUCAACUUAACCCACAUUUACCACAGCUAUGCUUUCUUGCUUCUUAUGACAUUAAUUCUCUCCAAUAACUGAAACAGUCUUACUGUAGGAGGUCACAUAAAACAUUUUUUUUUUAUUCAAACGCAAUCUAAUAAGUCAUUUUUUGCAAAGCUUCCUCUCAUGUAAUAUCUCUAGUAAACACAAUCAUGUUGCAACAGUCAGAUGACCCACAGCUGAACUCUACUCAAAGUGUGAUGGGUUGCCACAUUACCCCCCCACCCUCGCAGUUUAACUAGAUGUACCAAUAUCCCAGCGAGCAAUGUGAAGUAUUGGAUUUGGAGGGAUGGUGGGAGGGUGCAGGGACGCAUCUUUAACUUGUGUUAAACGAUAGCUUUUUGGCUCUGGGCAAAAGAGCUGAGGUCACACAACUGAAAGAUGGAAAAGGUAGGAGCUUGGAAAUGGAAGUGCAUUUGUGUGCGUAGCAGAGAAGGGGUAAGGGGAAUGGACAACCUGAGACUAACACACCAUGUUUUUUAUCACUCAGACUGUCGUUUUUGUUUUUUUUAUUCCAUAGCAUUGCUUCUUCUGGACAUGUCUACUUUUUUCAUCCUCCAUUUGUAUCACCGUACACCUUUUUCUUUUUAGUGUGCAGAAAACACUAGGCUUCUUUUUUUUUUUUUUAUUAACCAUUUUAUGAGUAAAAAUUGUUCCCAGAUGAACUGAAUGUGCAUUGCAUCCUUUUUAUUUUCUCCUCUUUUGUUUCUGACUGUUAGCACCUUGCUUUACUAUUGCCUCUCUAUCCACCUUUUUUCUGCUCAAAAAUAAAUAAAUAAAAUAAAAAACAAGUUUUGCUUUGGCUUGCCAGAGUGAGCCAUGCUACUUUGUGACCUGUGAAAAUCCUAUAUAAAUGGUUAUCUAAUGGAGUUGCUUUUAGAUGUAUUGCUAACCUGUGUAAAUUCACAAAUAAAACUGUAUUUUAAGAA